UGUAACGGCAAAUACAUGGCCUGCUGUAUGUUGUACCGUGGUGACGCCGUCCCAAAAGACGUCAACGCCGUCAUAGCUACUAUCAGCACCAAGAGAACCAUUCUGUUUGUAGACUGGUGCCCAACUGGUUUCAAAGUCGGCAUCAAUUAACCACCCACAGUGGUUUCCGGCGGAGACCUUGCGAAAGUGCAGCGUGCCGUAUGCAUGUUGAGGAAUACAACCGCUAUCGCGGAAGCCUGGACACGUCUUGACCAUAAACUUGAUCUUAUGUACACAAAAAGAACAUUUGAGGGCAUGGAAGAGGUUGAAUUUUCCAAGGAGAUCUACAAGGACUACGAGGAGGUUGGAGCUGACACUGUAGAUGGUGAGGGCGGUGAGGACGAUGAGGACGAAGAGGAGUACUAA